CAGAGAGAGAGAGAGAGAGAGAGAGAGAGAGAGAGAAUGGCGACUCUUACGGUGCCACCGUCGGUUCCGUCUCCGGCUGAGGAUGCCGAGCAGCUUCAGAAAGCUUUCGCAGGAUGGGGAACGAAUGAAGAUCUGAUCAUAUCCAUACUGGCUCACAGAAAUGCAGUGCAGCGGAAGUUGAUCCGGCAAACCUAUGCCGAGACAUAUGGGGAAGAUCUUCUCAAAGCGCUUGACAAAGAACUCUCUAGUGACUUUGAGAGAUCUGUGCUUCUGUGGACCCUGGAUGCUGCUGAGCGCGAUGCGUUCUUGACCAAUGAAGCUACCAAGAAGUUGACUUCGAGCAACUGGGUUCUCAUGGAAAUAGCUUGUACGAGGUCAUCAAUGGAGUUAUUCAUGGCGAGGCAGGCCUAUCAUGCUCGUUAUAAGAAAUGUCUUGAAGAAGACAUCGCAUAUCACACUACAGGGGAUUUCCGCAAGCUGCUUGUUCCUCUAGCAAGCACCUUUCGGUAUGAGGGGCCUGAGGUGAACAUGGCAUUGGCAAGAUCAGAGGCUAAGAUACUUCAUGAGAAGAUUCAUGAGCAGGCUUACAAUCAUGAUGAGCUUAUUAGAAUUGUUACUACAAGAAGUAAAGCUCAGCUUAAUGCAACCCUCAAUCACUACAACAAUGAGUUUGGGAAUGCCAUCAACAAGGAUCUGAAGGCUGAUCCGAAUGAUGAAUUUCUCAAACUGCUGAGAUCAGCAAUUAAGUGCUUGACUUGUCCAGAGAAGCACUUUGAGAAGGUACUGCGUCUGGCCAUCAACAAGCUUGGAACAGACGAAUGGGCUCUUACUAGAGUAGUCACCACUCGUGCGGAAGUUGACAUGCAGCGGAUCAAAGAACAGUACCACAAAAGGAACAGCGUUCCUCUAGAUCGAGCUAUUGCAAAUGACACAUCUGGAGACUACAAGGAGAUGCUUCUCGCUUUGGUUGGACAUGAGGGUGCUUGAGUGAGACUUGUGUCAUCAGUGUUCCGUGUGAGAGAGAUUUAACUGGCUGCGAGAUAUUGUGCUAUGGCUGGAGUUGAGACAGACCGUCUUGUUUAAGGUUUUGUGUGUGCUCAUGACUCAUGUUUGGGGAAUUUUUUGCUGGUUUGUAUGGUUUAAAGAUACCUGUUGAAAGGUGCAUUGAGCAUCAGUAUGGUCAUGAUAAGCUGGUGUUUUCACAA